AAAUGGAAGCAGCUGUCUCGACUACAGCGGAGCAUAAUUCUUUUCCUGUUUGCCUUCUUGGCAGUCUGUGGAGUCAUUUCAUACGCAAGCAUCGGGGAACCAUGGAAAAGUCUAACAAACAAAUUGUUGGAUGAUCAGAGAACAGAAUCAGAAAUCCCUGGAUUAAAGCUAGCAAAUCCAGCCGUUCUACCAGCACCUCAGAAAGCAGAUGCCAACCUUGGAGACUACCCAGAGCUUUCACCACAGAAACUGCCAAAACCGGCUCAUGUUCGGCGUGGUUCUUCCAAUCUUCAGAUCAAGCCACCGUGGAGGGAUGUGAGGCUGAAGACCCGACAUGAUACCAUCAGGGUUGUAGAAGAGCCAGUCCAGGCUGAUAAAGAAGAGAAAACGGAAAAAUCUGUUAUAAGCUGGAGGGGAGCAGUGAUAGAACCUGACCAAAGCACUGAACCUCCAUCUAGUAAAAUAAAGGAACCAGAAAAACCUUCUUCUGUGGAAGCUGAAGACCAGAAGGAACCAGUGCCCAUAAACGAACGUCAGAUGGCUGUGAUAGAAGCAUUCCGCCAUGCAUGGAAAGGAUACAAGGAUUUUGCCUGGGGCCAUGAUGAGCUGAAGCCUUUGUCUAAGUCCUACAGUGAGUGGUUUGGACUUGGGCUUACCUUAAUUGAUGCCUUGGAUACCAUGUGGAUUUUAGGCUUAAAAGAAGAGUUUGAAGAAGCAAGAAAAUGGGUAGCAAACGAUUUAGUAUUUGAUAAAAAUGUGGAUGUGAACCUCUUUGAGAGCACUAUUCGUAUCCUGGGGGGCUUGCUGAGCACCUACCAUCUCUCUGGAGAUAGCCUCUUCCUGGAAAAAGCUAAAGACAUUGGGAACAGGCUUAUGCCAGCGUUCAAUACCCCCUCCAAGAUACCAUAUUCUGAUGUCAACAUUGGCCGGGGCACUGCACAUCCACCUCGAUGGACAUCUGACAGCACUGUGGCAGAGGUGACCAGUAUUCAGCUGGAGUUUAGAGAGCUCUCGCGUCUCACUGGAGAUGAGAAAUUCCAGAAAGCUGUAGAUGAGGUGAUGAAGCAUGUUCACACCCUCUCAGGGAAAAAUGAUGGACUAGUGCCUAUGUUCAUAAACACCAAUAGUGGGCAGUUCACUCACUUGGGUGUCUAUACUCUGGGAGCCAGAGCUGACAGCUACUAUGAGUAUUUGCUCAAGCAAUGGAUUCAGGGUGGGAAAAAAGAAAACGAGCUGUUGGAAGACUAUAUGAGAGCCAUAGAAGGAGUGAAAAAGCAUCUCCUUCAGAGAUCACAACCCAAGAAGCUUACUUUUGUAGGAGAGCUUGCUCAUGGCCAUUUCAGUGCCAAGAUGGAUCACUUGGUUUGCUUUUUGCCUGGUACUUUGGCACUGGGAGCUCACAAUGGAUUGACUGCUGAUCAUAUGAAGUUGGCUGAAGCCCUUACAGAAACCUGUUACCAGAUGUAUGCUCAAGUAGAGACAGGCCUGAGUCCGGAGAUUGUACACUUCAAUCUCCAUGCACAACAGGGCCACAAAGAUGUGGAAAUCAAGCCUGCAGACAGGCACAACUUACUGCGACCAGAAACUGUGGAAAGCCUUUUUUAUAUGUACAGAUUCACUGGUGAUAAGAAAUACCAAGACUGGGGCUGGGAAAUCUUGCAGAACUUCAAUAAAUACACACGGGUUCCUACAGGUGGUUAUACUUCCAUUAACAACGUCCAGAACCCCAGUAAUCCAGAACCACGAGAUAAGAUGGAGAGCUUCUUCCUUGGGGAAACACUCAAAUACAUGUUUCUGCUGUUUUCAGAUGACAUAGACCUAAUCAACCUUGACAAAUAUGUAUUUAACACAGAAGCUCAUCCACUCCCUGUCUGGGUGCCAGCAUAGACUGGGUGUCAGUAGACCUUCCAAUGGUGGCAUUUUUAUCUUCAAGUCACUUUACUUUUCAGGGUUUGAGGAGAGAUGCUAUAUUGCACCUUUUUUGGCUUAGAACAAACUUUGGGAAAGCAUCUCUGGUUUAAAGAAGUCAUGUCAGUCUUAAAUCUAAUCCCUGGUUCUGGGAUGGACAAGCUGUGCCCUGCUAAGCUGGUUUUCCUGGUAUUGAUGAUAAGGUUCAGAGAACAGUUGUAGUGUGGACCAUGACA